AUGGAAGGUAGAGACCUAUUAUGGAGAUACACACAGAAAGCACUACCAAAAAUAUACAACAUGCCAUGCCAACAGUAUGGGGAAGAUGAGACUUCAGAACAUAUAUUCUUCAACUGCAAAGCCCACAUCAAAAACACACAAGAAAUCUUCAACUACACAUUAACCAAGUGUGGACACACCUGGAAUGUUAAGAUUUUAAACCAUCUACAAAUUGCACUAAUAUCCAAUUUAAUAGCUAUUAUAUUCGAAAAAAUUUGGCACAAAAGAAACAAACUCAUCCACGAUGAAAUAGAAAUAGUAAUUCAUAGACAACAAGUCAUACGUGAACUAAUUAAAACACAAAGAGUUGCAUGGGAUAGGACACAAGCGGUUAUAAACAAAACAUUAAGAAUCAAAUCAAAGCAAUGGCCAGAAGAACAAAAUAAAUUAGACUCAUUAAUCUCUAAAUUUGAUAUUUAUUCAAACUCUGUAUUCAUAAAAACUCAAUUAUCAAUUUACAUAUUACAAAAACCGAUUAACAUAAUUAUAAAAAUCUAA